AUGGCGUUGCCCGUGAGCAUUGUGCGUGCUGGCGUCGAAGCCUCGGUGGUCGACCGCCUCUCGCGCCCGAUUAAAGACGUCGCUUGGCGUCACAGCGACGACUGCGCUGUCUGCGCCAAAGCGUUUACUGGCUUUCGACACCCGCACGUCUGCCACUUGUGUGCUAGCGUCAUCUGCGGCGCGUGUACCGAGCGCGUCUCGGUCGAGCGUCCAAGUGCCCGAAAGCAACGCGCCGACGCGACAGCGCUGCAUGCGCGUGUCUGUAAAGACUGCUUCUUCCGCACCUUCCGCGGACGACGCAAGUCGAUCGCAAGUACCGAGGCGCGCAUUGAGCUCUCGAGCGGCGCCAACCGGCCGUACUACUACCCAGACGCCAACCUCCAGUUUACUGGUACGUUGCGGCUUCCACCACGCAUCGUGCUCGAGGCAAAUGCCGCAAGCCCGUUGGCAACGGAUCGCCCGGACGUCUGCACCCUCGCUGCCUACGACGAGCUCGAGACCCAGCGGGAAGAGCGCCUCGACAUUCUCGUGGCGCUCGCACGCAGUGCGUACAACUGCCCCAUUGCGAUCGUUGCGCGCCUCGACAGAACGCGCGGGAUGCUCACGGUCCAAGCACGCAACGGGUGGCACGUCGAGAGGUUUGAGGCCGAGAGCAUGCUUGGCCAGGACGCGCUCGACGACGUCAUUGUGCUCUUAAACGCGCCGCGCGACGGCUACGCUUCCCACCCGUUCGUGCGUGGGCCGCCGUACCUUCGCUUCUAUGCCUCGGCGCCCAUCUAUAGCUCGUCGACCGUUCAAGCUGUCGUGGGUCUGAUCUUUGUUGCGGACACGCUGCCUCGCCAGCGAUGCGACGCCACUCGGCUUGUCAACCUCGCCAAAAUCGCCGCUCCCAUCGUAGCGGUCAUGUAA